CGUUAACAAUCACAUACCAAAUGACUGUUGUAUGCUUAUGAGUGUAUGUCGAAUCGAAUAGUUGUAACAGGCAGGCUGAAAAGUUCGUAUCGUUUCUAUGAGAGGGCGCCACUAGAAUUAAAUCGAUACCAUUUUUAGUUAGUACCAUCCUCCAAACGAUAUCUGUCAAAAUUUGACAGCAAUCGGACAAUUAGUUCGUGAGUUAUUGCAUUGAGAGUGAAGCUACUUUUGUUAUUGUGAAAAAAAUGGAAAAAGACGAAUUUCGUGUGUUAAUAAAACACUGUUUUUUGAUAGGGAAAAAUGCUGCCGAAGCUAAAAAUUGGCUUGAUAAAUAUUAUCUGGACUCUGCACCAGCCGAAGCAACCGUUCGUAAGUGGUUUGCCAAAUUCCGUACAGGCCAUAUGAGCACUGAAGAAGAUGCUCGCAGUGGACGCCCAAAAGACGCUGUUACUGACGAAAAUAUCAAAAAAAUCCACAAAAUAAUUUUGAAUGACCGUAAAAUGAAGUUGAUCGAGAUAGCUGAGGCUCUGAAGAUUUCAAAGGAACGUGUUGGACAUAUCGUGCAUGAAUAUUUGGGUAUGCGAAAGCUCUGUGCAAAGUGGGUGCCGCGCGAGCUCACAAUCGACCAAAAACAACAACGUGUCGAUGAUUCGGUCAAAACGAUGGCAAAAUUGUACGAAUUGGGUUUCGAAUUGCUUCCUCAUCCACCAUAUUCUCCAGAUCUGGCCCCCAGCGACUAUUUCCUGUUCGCAGAUCUCAAAAGAAUGCUCGCCGGAAAGAAAUUUAGCACCAAUGAACAAGUAAUAGCCGAAACAGAGGCCUAUUUUGAGGAUAAAGAGAAAUCGUACUAUAAAAAUGGUAUCGAAAAAUUGGAAGAUCGCUAUAAUCGCUGUAUCGCCCUCGAAGGCAACUAUGUUGAAUAAUAAAAUUGAAUUUUGCCAAAAAAAUGUGUUUCACUAUAAAACGAUACGAACUUUUCAGCCCGCCUGUUAUGUUUGAAAUAAAAUGGAACGGGCACAACAUUCACAACAAAACUGCGCGAACCAAAAAAUUCCUAAAAGCACAAUUCCCAUUUAAAAAAAGAAACAAUUUAGUCGUCUGCAACUAUAGUUAGAUGUUGACAAUGAAUUAAAAUUUUGCUUCAUUUUUGCAGCACAAUUGAAAGAAGACAAUAAAAAAUGGUUAAACCAAAUAUCAUUUGACGAAUGACUGCGACGGAGCUGAGCUGCGAAUCCAAUUUUUAAAAUGUUCUGCCUGGAAUAUUCAUGAAAAUGUCGCUUGCAACUUAUUCAAUACAUACAUCAACGUGGCCAAAAGCUAUUAAGUGCGUUUCCUUUUCGGCUCAUCAUUAAUUACAGUAUUUUUCCUGGAAUAUAAAAUGAAUCUUUAUACUAACUGCAAUAUGUUUCGCCAAAUAAAAAAUACAUAAGGGUAUUAUUUUUAUUACUUUUAUUAUAAAACAAUUCGUAAAACUGAAUCUUCGAGCAAGUACUCAACAAAAAAAAUAUCAUUCGAGCAAAAAAGAAUUGUAUUCAGCGGAAAUGAAGAAGUGUGAAAAUGACGAGAUAGGGAAAAGUCAGAUAAAAAAAUAAGUCUGAGUAAUGAGCAUUCCGAGAGAUGAGAGAAAGUUUUAUGCACACUAAAAUCUCAAACGAAUAUAGGAAAUAUUUUAUAUGAAUAAUUUUACGCAAUGGAACUUAUUUGCUAACGGUAGUGGCGGCCAACUAAAAAGGAAAACACCAACAAACUCUACUUAUAUUGUAAAUAAAAUACAACAAUUUGCAAUAAAUUUAAUUUGAA